AAUGUCAUCUAAUCUGAAGGAUAUACCUCCACCUCAAAUUAUUGGCAAUACUGGCCACAUAGUUGAGCCUCAUGUUGGUUGUGUUCGAGAACUUCCGUCAUAUCAACCGUAUGAGCAUUUAGUCGAGGAUGGCAUUUAUAAAGAAGGGGUUAGCGACAAAAUAGUUACCUUUCUGCGUCGAGUAUUGGAAGUUUUACUCUCAGUAGUCACCUGCGGUUGCUUUCCGGGCUGGAAAGUAAUCGAUGCUCGGGCUGUUAUGAGAGACAGCCAUAUGAUUGAACAGGAGCGGGCUGCUUUACGCCUUCUUUUACAACAAGACUACGACAUAUUGGAUGAAAAUUGCAUGCGAUCUUUGGUGACUUUGGCCUAUUCUGACAGUGCCCACCUUCAACAUUGUGCAGCCCUGUUUUACCAUGAAUGGGGUAAUAAUCAUAAAGAGGCCAUAGCGGAUGCAAAUAGCGAUCAGCUUGCACCUUUAGCUUCUUUAUUAUCUUCAAUUAAUUUUGAAGGUGUUGUAAAGACUGCUAUAAGGGCAGCAAAUACAAUAUCUUUUUAUAACGCAGAUGCAUUAAUCGAAUGUCGAGCUUAUAUAGCUAUUAUUGAUCUAAUGUCGUUCGAUAAUAGGGAAAUUUCGUAUGCGGCAACAGCAACUUUAGCUCGUUUAGCAACUUCGACUAAAAAUCGUCACAAAUUGGUUCGUGCUGGCGUUACCUUAAAACUUUUGCAUUUGGCCAGCAAAGGGAGUCUAUGUAUAAGACGCAAUGUAAUUGGUUCUUUGUUAAAUUUGACGAUGGAGGAGGAGGCCCAAGGAAUAUUCGUUGAUCAUGAUGGAAUGGAACUGUUAAUUGAACUUUUUCACAGUAGAGAUGAUGUUAUAAUUAAUUAUAGCGUUGGCAUAUUGUCAAAUUUGGCUAUGAAUGAACUUUAUAUAGAUCUAAUAAGCGAUAUAAGAUAUCGUAUACUAAUUGAACGUCUUGUUCAUUUUUUAAGCUCGUGGAACACAAGAAUUAAGGAACAGUCUUCCACCGCUUUAAAGAAUCUCAGUUGGCACGAAGGCUUACAAUUCGCUAUCGUUCAAAUGGGAGCACUGCCGGUUCUUGCAAAUUUAGUAACAUCCGGUAGCAUACUUUGCAAGAGAUCGGCCUUGGUUUGUGUUAGAAAUAUGGCGAUGAAUACCGUUAAUCACUCGGCAAUCGUACGAUCGAAACUAAUAAGACAUUUGCCAUCGAUUAUUCGAGGCCAUUCCAAGGACAAUGAACAAGUCUUACACGCUGUUGGAAUUGUUCGUAACCUAGCUCGAGGUGAACAUCUGGAAUAUCUGAUCGAACGAGGCUGUGCGUCAGCUUGUAUAGAUUCCUUUGCGAGCGUUGAACACAAAGACAAGGUCGUUUAUGAAGAGCUGACUCAGGCAAUUAUUUAUUUUGUUGAUACGGAAAGUGGUCGAUCAUUGGUGCUUAGAGGCAUUUCUCCUUUUACAAAAAGCCUUACUACUAUCUGUGAAUAUUCCCCAAAAUUGCGUUAUACUUGCCUAGCAAUUCUAGGGCAGUUGACUCAUGCCGACAUUAUUCCCGAGGAUGUUAUAAAAGAAUGCUUAGAUGACAUUUGUCUUAUUUGUCGGAACGCCAUCUCGGAUGAAGCAACCCUACACGUUGGUUUGUGGGCUUGUUUACCGAUCCUAAGAGACUCUGACGUUCGAAGAAGAAUGAUAAAGUUUGGUAUGAUAGAACUUUGCGCUCAAUAUUUGGAUCAUAGCCGUCAAUUGAUCCAACAAUUAGCAACAACAGUUCAUCAAUUACUAGUCAUCUGA